AUGGCACACAUAUGGUGGACUUGCCCACGCCUACAACAAUACUGGAAAGACAUAACCAAACUCAUCACAGACAGCACAGGGUGCACCUUACCUCAUAAUUUAGAACACUACAUGCUCUUCGAUAUCCCUGAGUCGUUACCCAAACCAGACAGAUAUCUUAUCUUCCAUAUAAAUAUAGCAGCCCUGGGUGCCCUAGCACAAAACUGGCUAUCACAAACUAUACCCUCCAUCUCCAUGUGCAUACAACAAAUAAGCCAAUCUGGCCACUUCGAAACCACAAUGAGACGGCAAAACACGCCUCCCAACAAACCACAUAAAAAGUACCGGAGAUAUUGGGAAAUAGCAUGGGACAAAUGGGAAACAUACAAAGGCGGCACAACAGGGAACCACUUGCCGCGAGCUGACCUCAUGACCGAAUUGGGCCCACACAAAGUCCGAACCCCCAUGAAAGAAUACUUCAUCAUACAGGAAUGUUAG